GCUGGAUCACCUGCCAUCAAACCCAACUGACCGUCACAAUUUCCUCUAAUAGCCCUAGAAGACACCAGCUCAGUUAUUCCCUGGCAGGUCUUUCAUCCGUCACUUCAAGGGCAUGGUGUGGCUUCAAGGGUAAUGGUAAUGGAUAAAAAUGCAGUCAACCAGACUGGGAUUUAAACCAGCCUUCAAAAUAAUGCGGAGUUCAAUAUAUCAUAUGAUACUGGGACCUUCUGAAUCUCAGUCAGGUACUACCUGAUCUAGCUGGGCCACCAGUGAUCAAACCCAUCAGACUCCAACACUACUAGAGUUGUCUGACAUGGAUACAGAGGAGGAUACAGAUAGAUAUCCGUUCCACGUCAGUAGGAAAUACCAGGGAAUCGCCCUCGUGAUCUCUAACUUUACCUCAGGGCCACACAAGAGGAGGGGCGCCAACAAAGACCUCAAGUACAUGAAGAAAACAUUCAAACGACUAGGAUUUAAAGUAGAUUGUCAUGAAAAUUUAACAACAUCCAAAUUUGUGUCACUUUUGAACUCAUAUUCCAAAAACAAGAGUCUGAAAGAGUAUGAUUGUUUUGUAUUUGCUAUCAGUUCACAUGGAAUUGAAAAAGAGGUGAAAGGAAAAGAUCAAGUGGUCCAUCAUCAUGCUAUACAAAUGUUUGAUGAUGAAUUCUUUGACACCCAAGACGUUCUGGAUUACUUCAGCCCUAAAGCAUGUAAAGCACUGACAAACAAACCAAAACUGUUCUUUAUUCAGGCCUGUAGAAUUCCCGAGAGUAAAGCAACUGAAGAUCAAAGAGACGCAGGCAUAGGGUUUGAUCACGGCGCCGGACACAAACAAGGGGGAGGGGAACCAGGCCAUAACAAAGAUGGACAUGAUAAGAUUGACUAUCAGGACAAUGAAGGGAUCUCUGAUGAAGAGUCUGACACAGAGGAGGGAGAGGUGUCUGACACAGACAUAGAGGAUUCUGACCUUGAGUGUGACACUGACCUCCCCACAACCAACAGUCAGGAUACAGACACACGGGAGGAACAAGACACAUCAGAUGUAGAAAAAUAUUUGGAACAAAGACAGAUAGAAAUUGUCAGAAAUUUAAAGAAAUUACAAAAUGAGGUCUGGCAGCUUGGUAGAGUUUACACCCAGGAGGCCAACAAAGAAACAAAUACUCACAAAGCAGCAGGAGGGGAAGGGGCUCUAUCACCUGAGAUGGAACAAACAGAGGAUGAGCUGGAUCCAGCAAGAGGAAUCAGAUUACAUCCUCCAGCAGAGAUGGGAAUGCUGGGAGAUGACGUGGAUCCACCUAAAGCGCGGCGAUAUCGGCCGACGGUGGCCCCAGUCCAUAUCACGUCUGUCCCCUGUCACAACGAUAUGCUCAUCAUGUUUGCAUCACCACAAGGAAUGUAUGCUUUUAGGAGUAAAGAAGAUGGCAGCUACAUGUUGCAGUUCUUGUAUGAGGCUGUAGAAAAAUUUUAUGGAAAUGGAAAACUUAAAGACAAUAAUACUGACUUCCUUGAAGUUUUGAGGGAAAUCACAGCAGUCAUGUCUAGCAGGUUGUUCUAUGGUAAAAAGAAAUACACCAAUGUUUCAUGUACCAUACAUAAGCUCUCCAAAGAUAUUAUCUUCACUCAAGGAAAAAACAUGACUGACUCCAAGUUUUCAAAGAAACUGUCCAACAUUUUAACAUCUUUUUUUGCUAAUUGGAAAUAAAAACAUAUUAAAUAUAUAUUUUUAUUAUUUGAUUGA